AUGCGUUGUUGGUAUUGUGCACACGCAAGUCUGUCGCGAAAUGCGGAGCUGCGCACCCGAGCUACACCUUUCAGCUGCACUACCGAGUGCGCCCGUACUUCUCAAGGCCAGGCUAUUGUUAACAUUUCUCCAUCUUCUCAAACACCAAGCGUUGAUGUUGAUGCUGCAUCUACCAUGUGGCUUCAAGUGACACACCAGGACGCAGCGAUAGGCGUAGCGGAAAGAAUUUAUGUGCUGACCACGCUCCCCCAUAACACACCCCUGGUUUUACCUUGGGUACCGAAGGUGCUUUCUAGCUGCUGCAAGUUGACAAAUUCAUCCGCGACGCUAUGUGACGGUCAUCAGAAGUUAGCGCAGUGCUUAGGCCCGGUGGAAGCUGUCAAAUUUUUCUACCGCAUAGUGGAAGUGAAAAAAAAUAGCUACCAACUAUUCCAACCAGUGCACCAAAGUCUAUGGGUCAAUAAGAAGGACUUGCACUCUCUGUGUACUUGGCUGAAGCAUGUUAAGUGCAGUAACCCGCAUGCUUGUUAUAAAUUAUGUGAUCAACUGCCAGAUUACACGUUGAAUAAGGCGCGGACUGUUGGACUAUUGAAUCGAGAAGGGACGGUGGCCAACAUGCGAGGAGGAAGUUGGCUGCGGAUUGUUGAUUGCAAAGCUGAAAGGGCACGGAUGAUGUGCCGAAUAGAUAAUUUCGCAUUUCUUCAAAUAUGGCCCACUAAGUGCUCUAUCUCUGUGGGCAAUCGUAGCGUAGCUGAAGUCAUUUUCGGAGAAAACGACGAGAGUUGUAAGAUGUUCACGUUUGUAUUUAUAUUUGCCAACGCGUUUGGAUCAAAUCACGCUGUUCACGAAAAAGUGGUUGAGCAAAUUGACCAUGUGCGGAAUGAUCGAUGUCAACUCGUACCUUUCGAAGAGCAUGUGGACAAGAGUACUCUGUCCAACCAAUACAACCUUUGUCUCGCAAAUAAUGUAGCAUGCAGCCUAGGAGUGGACAGUAAGCCUCUUAAUGUCGAUCACGGACUCAAUUUUCUGGCCAUAAAUGAAGUAUCGGAUCAAAGUGCUGGCGAAGUCGACUGUGAGCCCAAAGCGGUAGACAUGGAGGCUGUGCUUAUGCGAGAUGAGGACAAACUACAUUUUUGUGUACAUUUGACCGAAAAAGCGCAGACCGGUGGCAGUGACAUACUUGUAAACGCUGGAGACAAAGCUGAUGUGCUUAAUAGCGAUAGAGCUUAUUCUGUCUGUGUUCGAGCUGGAGAUCUCAAGUCAAAUGGUGACUACUUAGGUCACUCACACGUUUGGAACGAUCGAUGUCACGAUAAACGUAUCGAAGAGUAUGCUGCCAUAUAUGCAUUAUCUUGCGAUGACCACCUUGGCACAGAGAAUGGUGUAAAAACUAACGCGGAAGUGAAGACUGAGCCCGUUGACGUUGAUAAACUGCGGAACAACUGGCUAUCUCGUUCAGCUGUGAAGGCAGCAUCAAGUGAAGGAGUUGACAAUGUUGACUGUGACCAUAAAACGGUGAACAUAAAGGCUGUGUUUAUGCGAGAAGAGGACACAUUACGUUUGUGUACACAAGCUAUCAAAAAAGCGCCGAUCGGUGGCAGUGGCAUAUAUGCUAACGCUGGAGAAAAAGCUGAUGUGCUCCAUACCAAUUGUGCUUAUUCUGACUAUGUUCAAGCUGUAGAUUCUCAGUCAAGUGAUGACUCCUCAGGCCACUCUCUAGCUAAAAACAUGGCGGUAGGUCUAAACAUCUACGUUUGGAACGAUCAAUGUCACGAUAUACAAACAGAAGAAUAUACUGCCAUAAAUGCCCUAUCCUUUGAUGACCACCUUGGCACAGCGGAUGUUGUAAGAGACAACGAAGAAACCGCUGACGUUGAUAACCUAUGGGACAAUCGAAUCAUCAGUCCAAUUUUGCCCACGGAAAGGGUUGGCAAUAUCAGCUGUGGUCUCAAUGAAGUUGGCAUGAAUGAUAUGCUCUUGAGAGAAGAAGACAAAGUCAUUUUUGGUGUAUACACGCCAGAGUUAUCACAGAUCAAAAGAAUCGAUAAAUGUUUAGAUGCUGAGGUUAUUGACGUCGUUGGUCGGGAAGGUCCGGCGAACUUUUGUGAUAGAGCUGAUUCGAUCUGUCUACGUGAGCGAGAUACAGUAUCACCAGUGUCAAUCACUGAAUCGUCAGGUCAUUCGUGUGGUGUUAAUUGUUGCGCCGAUUGGAAAGCAGAACUAAGUAUAGAGACCGAAGCUAGUGACAUUGCUGUUCUUAGUAGCCUGGAUGACACAUUUGAUUCUGUCGACGAACUCAUAUUAAAUGAAGAAGCGGGCAAAUGUGAAGUCGCUAAUACUAAAACACGCAGGCUUAAUACGUGCAGUAUUAAUGACUGCGGAUCACACUGCUUGCCAGUAAAAGUGAAGCCUGGUGGCAGCGAGGCACCUCGUGCAGAGUUUCAAUUUUAUAAGUUAGGUGUUGUCGAAUAUUGUGUGCGGAAGCGAGCUCAAUAUCCACCACAUGAUACAUUGUCUCAGGCACUAUUCAGCGCAGAUCAAGAUAAUGCAGAUCUCGUUUUUGAAGCUCUAUUGAGCGACGAUCCUCUCUCCGAUGAAUGGCUUCACGACGUCGUGUCAAAAAAUGAUUUAGAUAAAACAAGUGAGUCAAGUGAGAUACUGGCACAAAUUCGCGCAAGCAACGACACAUAUACAUUGAUCAUGGACGAUAAAGCGCCGGAAGCAAUUUUGGAAUCAAGCCUACACGACGACGAAGUCGGAUAUUAUGAUCUAGUCAGCUCAUUUGAGUACCCAGUUCCUAGACGUAGGCAUGGCAAUAUCUACAUCGGACAGGUGUCCCCACCAUCGAGUCCACGCUAUUUCCAAUUUGCGGGUACGAAAGAUCACUUUGGAUAUUAUGUGAAAGCUCGCGCGCGUCCCCAAUCGUUCGUAUCGAUGUCUAUGCCAGCAGUAUCUUCAGGGCAAGCUCAACAAAAGACUACAUUAUCCUCAAGCGGUAUCGCAAAGCCUGCGAGUGCGUUGACCCGUCCACGGUCAUUUGUUCGUAGCCACGUUAUGUGA